AUGGAUCGAAAUCGAAAAUUGACUAGGGAAGAACUUAUAAAACACAAAUUCACACACGAUGCCUGGAUUGUUGUGCAUAAUAAGGUGUAUGACAUCACGAAAUAUAUAAACGAUCACCCAGGUGGACGGAGCAUACUAAAAAAUGCUGGUGGAGAUGCAACUAAAGGCUUUGAAGAACAGAUAGCUCAUAAAUAUGUUAAGACAUUGAUUAAAGAAAAGAUGGAAGAGUUCUAUGUCGGAUAUAUAGAGAUGGCAGAACUCCAUGAUACACCACAGCUUGUGACGACUAACAGGGAUCAAGUCACUACAGAACGAACGAUGCAGACGUCCAUUUUCGCGGUACUGUCAGCCAUUUUGACAAUUGGCUGUUUCGCUGACAGUAGCUAUGAUAUGCUCCUGAAUAAUCUCUACCAGAUGGCGGCAUUGGAUCCCGACUACUUUGAGAGUGAUGGGCAACCUCCUUUGAAUGACGACAGCGCGAUGUGGCAGCAAGCGUUAAGAAAUGAACAAAGAGAGCAACUGCGUGACCAGGAACACGAGCAGAAUGACCCUCAACUCUGGGGAUACCAAUACAUUUCAGGUGGAGCUGGUGAAGGCAAACAACACCUUUCCCCAACUGGAGAAAAAGAAAACAAACAAGAAGUGAAGUCUGAUGAUGUUUUGCCAUUUUACUGCCAUCCCCCAAAUCCAUGCCCCUAUGGCUACACUGAGAAAGAUGGUUGCAAGGAAAUGGUGAAAGACGAGAAGGAUUUCCAACAGUCAUAUCUCCACCAUCAGAUGGGAAACGGUGAAUGUAGCUGCGAUAAGGACCACAUGGACCCAACCAGCUGCCCACAAGGUGGCAGUACUGUCGACGCACAAUCUGCUGCCGAACAAAGAGAACUCGAUAAUGUUAUUGAACAACUUCUUGGUGAUCAAAAUGGGCCUGCUGACAAUCCAUUUGCUGCUGGUGAAAAGAGAGGAACGCUAGUCUCAAAGAAACAUUUCCAAACUAUAAAGAAGAGGGGUGAACAAUAG